CUCCAUAAUAUAACAUCAGCAGCUAGGAACAAAAGAAUGAAUGAUAAGUACAGUUAAAAUCACAAAAUAGCUAACAGAAACACGCAAGACAAAUAGUUCUUUCCAAUCACAGAUAUUCCAAUUAAUGAGCAAAAGCAAAUGGAAGAAGAGGGGAUGCGGAGACGGCCAAGAACUCCUUAGAGCAUGAACUGUAAGCGAUUUGAGUUAAUAUUUUUUCCACUGAAGUUCACACAUUUCAGCUACUUCUGAUUUUUUAUUUCCUUUAACAGAUAUAUCUAUUUGUAUAUUGUCCUCCACUUAUAUAUUCUUUUUUGUUUAAACCUUAACAGUAUGGUUAUCAUCAAGAUCAUUUAUUAUCAUGCCCAUUUGUUCGCUGAAUUUUAAGAAAUUCAAUUAUGAGACAGCAUCUUUUAUUGGCUGCGGAACACAAGAGAAAUACUUCUUGAAUAAACCUUCCCUCCAAUGUUUUCCCUUUUAUUCCCUGCUCAUUUUUCGUAGUUAUAGUGUAUACAAGUAAAACAAGAUGCUUUGUGGUUCAUCAAGUAGAAAAAUUGGAAGACCCUGAAACACCAAAAGAACCAUCAACGAAUAGGCAAAAAAAAAAUGAAGCAUUCAAAUACAUGGAGAUUAUGGUUCAAGUUUAUUUAGUUUUAAUAAACAUCAAGUUUCUUGGUAAACUUUUUUGAUAUUGGCUUUUAUGACCUAUACUCCGUUCUCCUUUUUCUUUAUGGUAAUAUCAAACAAAGGUAAAUGUUUGUGAACUUUAUAUUGUGUUUUACAUUGUUCUAAUCUUCUCAUUGUAAUCGAAUCCAAUUUUACACACCAAUAUCAGAACCUCAGAGUAUUGGCUCCAAAGGUAAAGCAUAUCACAUCUCUCUCUCUGUUUUUUUUUGUUCGGUAUUUGACUGUGAUCUCUGCAUUUUUUGUACACAUUUCCUUUUAUAACAUUGUUGGAUGGAGUAAGGGUUAGGUAGAGGGGAGAAAAGAUCAAUGGAUAUGGGGGCAGGAAGUGGAAAUGGCUGGAGUGGGUGGCAAAGAAGAUGCUUGUCUCUUUACCUCAAGAUUCCAUAUUUAUUUAUCCUGAAAAUUUAUCUUAUUUAAAUACUAUAAAUGGACAUUACAUUAGCACAUCACACAUCUGCAGGAAUCAUGUCGUAAAUUGAUGUUGAUACUUCUACAUGGUCAUGAUGCUAUUUAUGUAAAUUAUUUAUCAGUUGCAUUUUAUGAUAGUCUACUAGGUUAGGCUUUUAAUCAAUUUAUGUUAUUUUCUUCAUGCUGAAACAUUUUCUUGGAAUCAUUCCAUUGCAUCGCUGAGCUCAAUAUUGUGCAUCUGACUGCUAUCUUGAAUGUGGAUCAUUACUUGAUUUCAUGAAUCAGGUUAUGAGAGCAUAUGCAUACAGCACAGAGCACAUAUUGAUGGUUGACAUCAUACCUGAUUCCUUUGUGCCCAAAGCAAUGACUGAGAUAAAUGUAGAAAAUCUGGACUUCAUUCAAAAGCUGUUCUGGAAUAUUCUUACAGCAGAUUUCAUGGCUUCUAUAGGUACAUUAGCAGACUAACAAAUGGAAGGUCAAGUCUUUGAAAAGUUCCAAACAUUGUGCUAGCGAUUGUCAUCAACAAAAUACAAUUAUAUUUAUGAAAAAAAAAUAAUUGUUGUUAAAAAUUUAUAAAUUGCAUCAUGAUGAUGAAAAAAAGUGACAAAUGAAAUAUGAGAAUCGAGCUUCAUAUCAACUUUAAAAAUUUUAAUGCUUUUAUUUUAUCUAGCAGAUUUUUUUUGGAGUAUAUUUUAUUUUCACCAAGAUCACAUAGAGCAAGUGAUUAUUUUUUGUUUGGAUGGUUGGUAUGAGCAUCUACAAAUCUAGAGUUGAAGCAGAGGAUUCCAUUGUUCAAUCUUCCCUCAAAACUUUUGUUAGUUGUCUUCAACUGUUGUUCAAUAGUUGCAAUUAGAGAUUUUGUUUGGUUGACAAUCAAGGGAGGUUCCACGAGUAGUAAUUGGUAGGAUGGUUCCUCUAAAGAACCCUUGUGGUUUAUUUCAUACACAUCAUUUGCUUGUGGAUUGGAAAGACAACGUCAUUGCUUCAACAUAGUAUCCAUUUUUUGACUUAAGGAGCCUUUAUAUUCUGUUUUUCAUAAUUUUCCUUACAUUAGAUUUUUUUUAACAACAUUAUCACAUUGAUCAAUAGCGUAUUAACUUAGUUAUGGUAACUUUGAUUGAAUAACAAUCCAUUCUUAUUUAACAGUAAAACUUUUGUUCAUAUGCUGGUACAAUUUACUCACAAAUCGUUGAGAUUGUAUUGCGAGAUAUCAUAAACCUUGAAUCAUUCAACAUCUGAACAUUAUUUGAUUCAAGAAGGUAAGUACCCCUUUCGUCUGUUUUUUUUUAGUGCCACAACUGUUAGGAAUUCCUUUAAAGUUAACAAGGAAAGGUCAAAAUUCAAUAUUUAUUAUAUGUCUUAUGUGAUACAGUUUAAGGAGUAGGUAUCACAAUGCUUUCAGCGAAAGAGGACUAAAAUUCUUCUAUCCUUGGUAAAGAUCGCAAUGUACAAUUACCUUGUGAACAAAACUCAAGCUAUUACAAGCUAUCUUGGGAAUGAUUAUCAAUUAUGUGCCUUACUACUCUGUCUUUCUUAUUGUUUUUUGGUAGUUUUUUUUACUUUAAAUUUAAUCUGAUUUUUUAUGAUUUUUACCAUUGGAAUAUUGUAUUAUUAUUCCAAUUAGGGAUUGAAAUCGUUUAUCCGAAGGAUUGGAAUCGUUAGUCUAACAACAACCUUCGCAUUUACUUUUGGAACAUUUUAUGGUAGGCCUUUUUUCAUAUUCUUCUUCUCAAUGCCU